AUGCGAGCCGAGUUGUAUCACGACAUCGAUAACGAUCCUGAACCAGAAGAUGCUGGCAAAAUCAGAAUCACGGUAAGGAUCCUUGGUGAAUAUGAUCACAACCCAACAUUCACGACUCUGCCGACGUUUGUCAAAGACUUCAUCAACGACGAUGUGGGCGACGUUUGUGAAAGCAAAGAAGCCUUGGAAUAUUUCUUGAUGGAAGCAGGAAUCAACGAGGAUGAUAUUUCUGAUGCGUUGCUAAAGCUAAUUGUCUAUGUUGAUGAGUUAACUCGUCCCACAAGCACCGAGUAUUCUCAUAACUGUGCUUUAGAUGUUCGGUUGGAUCUUGUUCCUGAUUAUCUCGAUGAUGUUGAUGAUGAAGAAUCUCAGUCUCAGAUUGAACAAGUGGCUCAAGUCUCGUUCGAUGAGCCCAGUAAUACCCGAUUUCGACCAGCUAGCAAGCUCGUGGUCAAAUCCCUAACCAGGAAAAUAUACAACAAGAAGAUUAAAAAGGAGAAGAACAUAUGCAUGAAGAUUAGCUUGGAAGAGUGCACAAUUUGUUUGGAAGAGUUUACCAAUGGCGGAAGAGUUGUGACUUUGCCCUGUGGACAUGAAUUUGACGAUGGGUGUAUCGUAAAGUGGUUUGAGACCAGUCAUGUUUGUCCGCUUUGUCGUUUCGAGUUGCCAUGUGAAGAUCAAGGAACUAGUGUCCGGUACGAGUUUAUAGACUUGGCGUAG